UGUCUUACGGUCACACCAUUCGCAAAUAAAAAACAAAACGGGCGGUUAAACGCGAGCUCCGCAGCUUAACUAAGUUAAUUCCGUUUAAUUAACUGUUUGGCAGGCUAAAUAAUUGUUCAAAGCGAGUGAGCCGUGAGUGUUUUGAUUGUAAAAUGCGUCACGCGAAGAGAUGAAAGCGAAAGCAGCCAGCCAGGGCUUGCGGAUUUGUUCCACCUCUUUUUGAGUGCUAAAAAUACACCAAAAACAAUCACAGCAACAAACAACUUUGCCAAGUAUUAGCAAACAAAACUGCGUAAAUACGUUGGAUAAUUAAAACAAUAGAAAAGAAAGCAGCAAACACAGCGAAAAUUCAAUAAACCAGAAGCAGUGGCAGCUGCAGCUGGCCCUUUGACGUCACGGCCAAUCAGCUGUUCGGCCCGAGGAGCACCCCCCAAAACGCCAUGACGUGCAAAUAGCCACCUUUAACCUUUAGCCCACACACACACACGCUCCUGAGUAUUUCCUCCAUGGAUAGUGCCAUGUAUUACGCCAAGGAGCGCCUGGCGGCGGCCAUGAACUCCAGUUCCUCCAUCACCUCCCCCGCCGCCGCCAAUGGCACUGCAUCGCCACGCGCCGAUGAUGGCGGCGUCUCCAUGAACAACUUCUAUCCAGCGCUGGUCCAGUGCUUUGGCAUUAUCAUUUGCGGUUACAUUGCCGGCCGCUUCAAGAUCAUCAGCAAUGCGGAAACCAAGGGACUGGGCACCUUUGUGGGCACCUUUGCCUUGCCCUCGUUGAUCUUCCUGUCGCUGGUGGAGCUCAACUGGAGUGCCGUCAACUGGAGUUUCCUUCUGGCCAUGCUGGUGUCCAAGGCAGUGGUGUUUUUCUCGGUUUUGAUUAUAUCCCUGCUGGUGGCCAGGCCUUUGAACUAUGCCAGGGGAGGAUUAAUGGCUAUAUUUUGUACUCAGAGCAAUGAUUUUGCUAUAGGUUAUCCUAUAGUCAUGGCUCUCUACAAGGAUGUCCACCCUGAAUAUGCCUCUUAUCUGUACCUAAUGGCUCCCAUUUCGCUGGCCAUACUGAAUCCCAUAGGUCUAGUGCUCAUGGAGAUCUCCAAGAUUGUCAAGAACAAGGAGGAAGUGACCCGCAAUCCUCCUCUCUGUCCGGAAACCUGUCCCGCCGAGCAAAUGGCCAAACGCAAUCGCUGUCUGGGCGAACGUUCUAUCUUAGUUUUCAACACCAUUGUGGCCUUGUUCUUCAAUCCUCUGCUGCUCAUGACCCUGCUGGGCGUAGCUGGUGGCUUCCUCUUUCCCCAUGGUUUGCCCGAAAUGGUCUCCAGCACUCUAAGAACCCUGGGACAAAGUUUCUCCGCCACUGCCUUGUUUUUGCUAGGCCUAAAAAUUGUGGGAGGAACGGGUUCCGAGCGCAAAAGCACUGGUUUUCUAUUGCCUGGUGUUCUUAUAUUGGUUAAAAUACUGGUGCUUCCGCUGGUCAUCCGUCAGACGGUUAACAUUAUGCAGUCUGGCCAGAACUUCAAUGACACUACAGAGCUGAGCACCUUUGGCUUUCUCUAUGGCACCUUUCCAGCUGCCCCCGGGGCCUUUGUGAUUGCCACGCAGUACAACAUGGAGGUGGAAUUGGUUGCUCGCAGCAUGGUUUUUUGUACAUUCAUCUCGGCUCCAUUGAUGUUUAUCUCAGCAAAAAUGAUCUCGCUGACGAAUCUAAAGCCUUUGGAUUAUCUGCAUGAGCUGGAUGCCUUUUCUUUUGACAUUAGUGUGGCUGGAGCGGCUGCUUGUUGUUGUAUGUUGGCUUUGUUGAUUGUUACCAAAAGAUUUAAGCGUAUGCCGCAGAGGAUCACGUUUUGUUUGGUGCUGUCGCAGCUCAUGUGCUGCAUAGGCGUUAUACUGUGGUCCAAGAUGGAGCAUGUCCAUCGCUGGCCCUUGUAUUUGCAGUUUUUCCUCUUCAAUAUAGGCACUUAUAGCACUCGCCUUUGGACGGGUUUGUUGGCCAUAUCCCUGCUUUUCCUGCAGUGUCGCAGCUUGUGUUUUGUUUUAAAACUUUGGCCUUAUAUGUUGGUGUUUGCUUGGGGUGUGCCUGCCUUGAUUUCGGGUCUUUUGGUGGCCUUUGAUUCAAAUGUGAUGUCGGGUGAAAAGCAUAAUCCCAGUUUUCAGUAUGGCAAUGCCCAGGCUGCCAUUUCGGUGUUUAUGCUAGUCAUGUGCUUUAUAGUCACCGUAGGCUGUUUGGUUUUGCAUCAACGUUAUAAGAAACGCUAUGAAAAAUACAUGACCUAUGCACGUGAGUUGUCCAAUCCGGAGUCGGAAUCUUCUGAUUUGCACUCCACUAUAUCCACCACCAAUUUGCUGAGUCAAACGGAUCAUGCCUCUAUACGUCAAAGUGUGCGAACUAACUCUUAUUCCUCUUCUUCGGAUGAUGAGGAAAUGAUACCCACAGCAGCGGGUUUGCCAAGGAGCAGAAAUAGUGCAGGUGCAGGAUCUGGAGGAAGUGGAGGUGGUGGUGGAGGUUGUGGUUCAGGCAAUGGCGCUUGCUGCUCGGGUGGAGCUUCAGUGACUACGCCUUCUACAACCAGCACUGUGGUUGUAGACAUUGAAGAUCUUUUAAACCGAACACGUCAGCGGGCCACUAAGGAUCUAGACAAAAUAGAGGCGGCACCGCAAAGAGAAGAAAUUCGAAAUCAAAUGUGCAGCAGCUCUUUUAAUUGCGGACCCAGUACCUCACGUCAAAGCUGUCAGACCAUUAUAGAACGCUAUGAAGAUCAGAAUCGACGGGGUCUGGAGCCCUUGGAGCACACUAGCGACACAGAUGAGCAUCAGACCCUGAAGCAUACUGUUUUGCUAAUCAUUCUACUCUGCUCCAUGUUUGUGGGCCUGGCUGUGUCCAUUUGGACCUUGGUCAUGGAGGGCAUGUCGGGCAUUUAUUUGGAGUUGAGUUUCCUCGAUGCCUUUCUCAACUUUGGUCAGGGUUUGAUUGUGUUGGCUGUGUUUAUAACCGACAUGGGUGAGCUGCUGAUGCCUGUGGUUAAAAUAUGGCGCAAGUUGUGGUAUGGCGCCAAUGUGGUAAGUCUACCCCAUUGGUCAAAUGUCCGGCCGGAAACCAAGCAUAUUUGCGAACAAUUCCGCAAUCAUCAUUUGGAAAACUGCAAGAAGGACAUAGCCAAGGACAGAAGGUGGCGCAUCCGUGUGUAUCGCAAGGUAUUCUAUGGCAGCGAGUUCGUCAGCUGGUUGAUCGAGGUGGGCCUGUCCAAGGAUCGCAUGGAGGCUGUUCAUUAUGCCCGACAUCUGGUCGAUGGACGGGUGCUGCGGCACAUCAACAAUGUGUAUCAUUUCGAGGACAAGCUGCUGCUAUACAAUUUCUGCAGUCGCAUCUAGAUGAAGCAACAAAGAUGAAGCAACUACGCCAAAUUUAGUUUGAAUCGAUUUCCUGUUUAGUUUAUCCCCCUGUACUAUAUCUCUUUGUAUGUAAUUUGUUUUUGACUGCUGUGAUUACACACACAUUACAGCCAAAUGUGUGUGAGUGAGCGAAUGUGUGGGAGCGAUGAGAAUGAGCUAGUGAAUUUUUUUGUUUAUAAUAUUGUCCAAGUAAAUUUGCUUGGUUUAUAUUUUUUAAAUGUUUAUUACUAAGAGUAGUUGACUCAGCCAACAGCUUGAGCUUUUAUAUAUAGUGCAAUAAAUAUAUAUAUAGAAAUAGUGAAAGAAAGUUUCCUACAUUUUGUGUCACAAUUUAAAAAAUAUAUAGAAAACUGUGCAUAAAACGCUAUAAACGAAUACAACUAUAUAUGUAUACAAAACAUUCAUGAAUAAAAAUAUAUACAUAUAUACAAGCUUAUAUACCUCAGAACAGAAACA